GUAGAGCCGCCUGAACGGAGGUAGUGAGUCAGUAAGUCCGGCAGCUGGCAUAGGAGAAGAUUGCGCAGACCAAUUUUUCUGUUCAUCCCCAGCACUGCUCAGAAGCAACCGCUCGUUUGGAUUUUAAAAUAAAGAAACUAAAAAACAAACAAACAAGCAGACAAACACUCGCCAAGCACUCUACCCGAUGAGAAGAGAAAAAAAGGGCUAAAAAGAAGAGAAAACAGCAGAGAGAUGGGAGCGUUCAGGCUGCUGCUGGGGAGUUUACAUUACCUGGGACUCUAUCUGCAACUUAGUGUCUCCACCAGGCAGGCUGGACACCGAGACGUGGGGAACCACAUCUCUGGAAACGCCAUGUUUACGGAGGUUCCCCAUGAUAUGACUGCCCAGAGAGGUCACGAUGUGGAGAUGGCUUGUUCCUUCAGAGGAGCAGGAACGCCAUCUUAUUCACUGGAGAUCCAGUGGUGGUACAUCAGGAACCACCUGGAAUGGACGGACCGACAGCCCUGGACGACUAAUGAGGUGGCUCCAGAGGAGGAAACGCCAAAGGACGCCACAAAGAUAAGUGUCGUGAAGGUUGUAGGCAGCAACAUCUCCCACAAGCUCCGCCUCUCCCGGGUCAAGACAUCCGACGAAGGUACCUACGAAUGCCGCGUGAUCGACUUCAGCGACGAAGCCGGCGCCCGCCACCACCGCGUCAGAGCCUACCUGCAGGUGGUGCCGGAGAGCGACGCCGUCAACUCCGAGCAAAACAGCAACUUUGAGGCCAUGGACGACACCAAGAGGGGGGCGGUGCUCGGCGACAGGGAGCCGCACGGCGGCGCCAGGGAGCACAUCCAUCACCAGAACCACGGGCACCACCAGGAGCACGCCAAGCGGCCUCAGUCGGCCGCCCACCACGGCCACAGUCACGGCGGCGGCGGCGGUCAGCAGCCCAAUGCAGGCAGGGAGCUGAGGAAGAGGGACGUGGACAGUAACCACAGCCACAGUGACUGCUCCAACGAGCCAAGCUGUGCACUCUAAAGGGUUGCUACACCUGAGUGAGAGGUCGUAGAAAAGAUUAUAUAACACGAUGUUUAGUCACAGCAUAAAAAGCUAUCCCUCUCACACAGUGCAGGCCUGUAGAGAAACCCAGAAUCCACAGAGAUAUAUAACAUGGCUCAUAAAGAGCACAGGAGUGUGAACUGUGAAGGGAGAGGGGUUUUUUUUAUGCUGUGAAGGGGUCCAGGUUGGACUGGUCCCGGUCUGUAAACUGCCUGUAAAGCCUGGCUUCUUUUCAUUAAGUGAGGGGUGGGUGGGGGCUGGUGUGUAGAUCUAGGCAGCUUUACUGUUUCUGAUCUCAGCAUCCACAAAUAGAUAAACCGCUAAAAAAAAUAUGAACUAAAGACUGUACUAUUAAUCAUUAAAUAAUAUGUUGCUUGUACUCCAGAUACUGUAAAUGACGCAGUGCUUCACGAUCAUACACCUUCCACUGCCUUACUCUGUCGCUCCAUACGGCCCAGACAAACAGGAUAGUGGAAUGUUUUGUAACUGGGUUUAUUUCUGUAAAAGAACUGAAGUGCAUUUAUUUACAGAAGCGACACAUUUCGGCAGAUUUCUUUCUAGUCCAGCUUUAUCCCUUCAGCUCAUUAUUUUACGGUGUGUAUUCAUGGGUAUUAAUGUGCAGUAAAAACGGCACUCCCCGAAAAGUUUGCAUAUUAUUUCCCCCGGUGUUUGUUCCCCGGGGGCGAAAAAUGUGCUUUCUUCAGCAGGAAUUCAUCAAGGUCCCCAAACAGCCGCCUGUCUGAUCAAGGACAGAUUCUGUCUUUGUUUAUUUUGCUCUGAGUGAAUAGUUCAGAGAGAGUCGGUGAUCUCGAUAAAAAACAAAAAAAAACAAAGGACAUCACAGGCCGUAUUUUCCACAAAGCCCUUUUGAGUUUGGAAAACAGGACUUUUCCCAUCGCCUUAGUGCUGCAGGUCCAAUCCAUUUUUCAAUCAGCUAAACUGAUUCCGGGUGUAUUAGUUUAAAAAGGCAGUAAAAAGAUUAAAGAACAGGCAGUAAAUAAACUAUUGUAUUGAAUAUGCCUCUGAUUAUUGGCUGUAAAAAAUAUCCAGAUUGAGAACUCGGUUGAAUAUACAGAGCCCUGCAAAAUGUAGGUUUACCAUGUCACAUUUUUUUCCACAUUAUAACCACAAACGUCAGCAUAUUUUACUGGGAUUGUAUGUGUCAUGUCAACACAAAGUAGUGCUUAAUAGUGAAGGAGAGAGGAAACCAUACAUGGAUUUCUUUUUUUUUGUUGUUUUUGUUUCAGAAAAGAAAAAUCUGAAAAGUGUGGUGUGCAUUUGUAGAGGGAUUCGGCAGUGUGGCGCAGCAUGGGCCCCUAGGUGCAUAAAGCUACCACCAGUUUGACAUGAAUGCCGUGGCUUGAGUGUAGAGACUCUUGAAAACAGGCAUCACCAAAAUGAUCACUGCCAAUCCAUCUUAGAUUAUAUUGGUUUAACCAUUUGAAAUCUGUGGGCUUGUAUUUGUAACUGAGGGUUUUCUUGCAUUCCUUCCUAAAA